UUAUCUAAAUCCUGCGUCUCUUUCUCCCAUUCGUCCUCAUCUGCCCCUUUACUUCACACGAGUCGCCACCUCCAUAUAAAAUAAAUCCCUUUCUGUCCGUGUUUUGAGAGUUAUGGCGAUGAUGGCGAUGAAAAUCCGUAACUCUGCUUCGCGGCGAACGACAACGACGAUGGCGAGCCGUCAGAUCUCCUCGGGUUUGAGAUCCAUGUCGUCGUGGUGGAAGAACGUGGAGCCAGCUCCCAAAGAUCCGAUCCUCGGUGUCACGGAGGCUUUUCUCGCGGAUCCUAGUCCCGAUAAAGUUAACGUUGGUGUGGGAGCAUAUCGUGAUGAUAAUGGGAAGCCUGUUGUCUUGGAAUGUGUCCGAGAAGCUGAGCGUAGAAUCGCUGGCGCCUCCUUCAUGGAGUAUCUUCCUAUGGGAGGGAGUGUCGAAAUGGUGGAGGAGACAUUGAAGCUUGCCUAUGGGAAGAACUCUGAGUUUAUCAAAGAUAAAAGGAUUGCUGCUGUUCAGUCUCUCUCUGGAACUGGUGCUUGCCGACUCUUUGCUGACUUCCAGAAACGUUUCCGUCCCGAUUCCCAGAUCUACAUUCCUGUACCUACCUGGUCCAACCACCACAACAUCUGGAGAGAUGCACAAGUCCCUCAGAAGACAUACCAUUACUAUCAUCCAGAAACCAAGGGCUUGGAUUUCUCAGGAUUGAUGGAUGAUGUGAAGAAUGCUCCCGAAGGCUCCUUCUUCCUUCUCCAUGCUUGUGCUCACAAUCCUACUGGAGUUGACCCUACAGAAGAACAAUGGAGAGAGAUUUCACAGCUAUUCAAGGCGAAAAAGCAUUUUGCAUUCUUCGAUAUGGCCUAUCAAGGUUUCGCAAGUGGUGAUCCAAGGAAAGAUGCCAAGUCCAUCAGGAUCUUUCUCGAGGAUGGUCAUCAUAUUGGAAUUUCUCAGUCUUAUGCGAAGAACAUGGGACUCUACGGCCAGAGGGUCGGAUGUCUCAGCGUGCUUUGUGAAGAUGAGAAGCAAGCUGUGACUGUGAAAAGUCAGUUGCAGCAACUAGCUAGACCAAUGUACAGCAACCCACCUUUACAUGGAGCUCAAAUAGUCUCAAUCAUUCUUGGAGACCCACAGUUAAAGAACCAGUGGCUACAGGAAGUUAAGAUCAUGGCUGAUCGGAUAAUUGGCAUGAGAACUACUUUGAGAGAAAGCCUAGAGAAGUUAGGAUCGCCUCUAUCAUGGGAGCACGUAACCAAGCAGAUUGGAAUGUUCUGCUACAGUGGGCUAACACCAGAACAGGUUGACCGCUUAACUAGCGAGUAUCACAUCUAUAUGACCCGUAAUGGCCGUAUCAGUAUGGCCGGUGUUACAACAGGAAACGUGGAAUACCUUGCGAAUGCCAUACAUGAAGUCACCAAGUCAUCUUAAAUUGUUUUAGAUGUCUCCAGUGAGAGAUAAAUUUGUUUCUUUUUGAAUGAGUUAAAUAAUAAAGACAGAGGAAGUUACAACAUUUGUUGCUCCGCAAUUGUUUUGAUGGGGACUGAAAGUCUUACCCAGAAACAGCAACUUUAUCAGCGCUAUAAAUUCUUGAAUUAUCUUUAAAACCGCCCUUUAGUU